GGUGUGCAGAGGAUAACAGUCGUCCCCAUAGAGACAGGCUCCUACAACACCGUUAGAUCCGCUAGUCCUCCCUCAGAAGCGAUGACAGCCUUAAUAUGAAACAGCCGGCUAUCGGACAUUAAUCAUUUCCUCGAAAACAGACUCCCGGAUGUUUGCCAAACAGAUUUUUUAUUAUUGGAUUAACGACCAUCAGCCGGCAGCCGCAGCUUUAUCCUGAGAGGCCGGAGGUUUGUGUCUCUCUGCAGGGAGGAGUCCUCUUGUUAUUUCACCGCUCGCUGAAGCCAGGCCAGCAUGUCGGCGUUUUAACAACCACCUCUCAAACACAAAGCUGCAGAGAGCAAACCCAAUGCGCUCUUAAAGGAUGGAUGUGGAGGUGAGUGCUGGCAGGGACAGCACCUGGAGGAGAGCAGCAGCAGCAGCAGCAGAUGAUGAUGCGGGUGGAGGAGGCAUGGAGGCUCAGGUCGUACCGCCGGAGCUCUACGACUCUGCAAGAGCCAAAAUAGACGCAAAUCUCCGCUGGUUGUUUGCCAAAGCUUACGGUAUAGAUCACAUCCCUACAGACCUGCGGAACCCCUUCUAUACCGACCAGUAUGAGCAGGAGCACAUCAAGCCCCCCAUCAUCCGCCUGCUGCUGUCCGGGGAGCUCUACUGCCGGGUGUGUGGGCUCAUCCUGCACGCCGAGCAGGCCGCCUCACUCCAAAGCCACCAGUCUGUCAUCCAGGUCCUGUCCAGGAAAGGCAUCUACGUCCUGGAGACGGACAACACGCCUGUCUCUGAUCUGGACCUCAGCUCGACUCCCAUCAAGAUGAUCUCCCACGUCCACCUCAUCGAUGCCCUGAUGAUGGCCUAUAUGGUGGAGAUGAUCAGCAUCGAGAAGGUGGUGUCCAGCGUCAAGCGCUUUUCCAACUUCAGUGCCUCCAAGGACUUGCCUUUUCACCUGGAAGACGCAAUGGUCUUUUGGAUCAACAAGGUGAACAUAAAGAUGAGGGAGAUCAUCGAAAAAGAGCUGAAAAUGAAGCAACAUUUGCUGGAGUCGCCCAGUCACCAGAAGUCUCCCUCCAAAUGGUACUGGAAGCUUGUACCUGUGCGUUACCGCAGAGAUCACCUGUCGGGUCGGGCACUUCAGCACUUCCCUCUGUUGGAUGACCUGCUGAAGGACGUGUGUGACGGCACAGCUCUGCUGGCUGUGAUCCACUUCUAUUGCCCAGAACUCAUUCGACUGGAAGAUAUCUGUCUGAAGGAGGUCCCCUCCAUAGCAGACAGUAUGUACAACAUCCAGCUACUACAAGAGUUCUCUCAUGAAUACCUGAACAAAUGCUUCUAUCUGAAGCCCGAGGACAUGUUGUAUUCUCCACCGGUACUAAAGAACAACGUCAUGGUCUUCAUUGCUGAGCUCUUCUGGUGGUUUGAGAUCGUGAAGCCAGACUUUGUGCAGCCCAGGGACCUUCAUGAAAUCAGAGACGUGAGAUUGCUGCUGCAGCCCAAGACUUCUCGAUCCCAUAUUCCCAUCUCCAACGUCACCAAACGUAGUUUCCUGGCAUCAUCAAACUCUGCAGACAUCUUGACUACAUCGUCCCAGAGUCCCGACCUCAGCAGUAAACCAGGCUCCCUCAGCCCAUCUCACUCUUUACUGCCGCUGAGACAAAGACAACAGAAAAUGACUGAGGAGAGCACUUCAGGACUGAGAAAUAGGUCCAACUCUCUGACACGUGAUGGGCAGCAUCAGGGCUCAAUACUGGCCUGGCCAGAGAGGAGGCAGAGGCCUUUAUCCCAGCCGGUGCCCUACGCCUUGCAUUGUCCCCUGGAGGACGACGCAGACAGUAUUAGCCUCGCUCGCUCCAUCAGCAAAGACAGCCUGGCCUCCAAUAUAAUGACCCCCAAACACAUGCUGUGUCCUCAACUGCCUCAACACAGGCUAAGUGGUCAAAGCCUGCUUAGUCACAUGCGCAUAGAGGACGAGGAAGAGGAAAUGGAAGAGGAGGAACUUGUUGCUGUAAUCCACCCUUCUGCAUUUUCUCGAUGUCGACUUGGGAGUGACAUGGAGCAGGAUGAGCUGGAAAUCCCAAGUGCAACAUCCACCUCAAGGGUUUCCAAUACUCGUUGCUCUCCCCGCCUGGAAGCGGGUCUCUUUCUUCUGGACCACCCGGCAGACAGCUACUAUCUGGAGCCUUUGAUGCCUGCCAUCCCUAAGCCAGCCAAAGAGAAGAGCAUCAGCCUGAACAAGGAGGAGGAGAGUGGUGAGAGUCGCUGUAAAGCGACAGCGACUGCUAGGAAAGCAGCCAUUAAUGUCCCAAGCACCUCACAGAGGAAAGCCCCUGCGGCGGAGUUAAACAGAAGUACCUUUAUCCCCAUACCUGUGUCAGAAUCAGUCCCCAGCUCUCUCAGGCCACCCACAGAGGGGUCGGCAGGCAUCUCUCAGUCUGAGAAGAAGCAGUCCCCAGGCUUUUUCCUUCAUUUGUCCGGAGAGACAGACUGCCACACUCCUUCCUCCACCACGCUUGAAAUAGGGCAUGACUCCGACUCUGACAUCGCAGACCUCGAGGAAGACGAGGAGGAGGACGAUCAGAUGGAGCUGACUAAAGAAGUCGUGAGGAGAGAAAAGGGACAAUUCUUAGAGGACGGAGAGGUGUGUGAAUUUGCAGAGGGUGAGUCAGCCAAACUGAGAGAAGACUCGAAGGUUAGUGAGCGGGACGAUAAGGAAGGCGGCAGUGGACGCUCAAGCCCUUGCCUCAGCACCAUAUCGUGGGCGAGCAGCUGCAGCGCUACAUGCAGCACCAGUGUCAAGAUGACCAGCUUUGCAGAGAGAAAGCUCCUUAAACUUGGCCUCCGUGACGGAUUCUCAAGCACCAGCAGUUCUCAGAAGACCACACCAGAUGGUUCUGAGGUUGCCCCCUGCUCCCCCUGGCAAGUGAGGAGUGACGGCACCUCUAGCUGGCUAGGAAAGGAGCCUAGUUCUGUUUUGGGGAAGAAUUUGGUGGUGAGUGCCCCAGUAGUGCCUUCAGAGCUGCUGCAACUUCACAUGCAGCUGGAAGAGCAAAGACGAGCCAUUGAGUAUCAGAAGAAGAAGAUGGAGACCCUAUCAGCACGGCAGCGACUAAAGCUAGGGAAAGCUGCGUUCUUGAACAUCGUAAAGAAGGGUGGAGGGAAGAGUGACACACUUCCCCUGCCUCUGAGACACUCACAGCUAUCCUCAGAGCUAACUGACAGGAGUAAAAUAAAGACCCAGUCGUGUAGGGAUGACUCCUGUCUUGAUGCUCUGAAGGUGCAGGCAAAGGCAGGUCAAACAGAGGCAGGCCAGAUGAACAGGAACAACAAGCUGUCCCAGGAUAAUGUGGCUGAACCGGACUUGAACGAGUGUUCCCACUCCAUAGAUCUUCUCAAUGAAGCUAUUAGUUCCAUCCAGCAGCAGAUGAUGCAGCUGUCUUUUCAGCAAAACCUGCUGAUGAAGCGCGUGGUGUCACCUCCAGAGCUGCCGACGAAGCGCGUGGUGUCACCUCCUGAACCUCCGAUGAAGCGCGUGGUGUCACCUCCUGAACCUCCGAUGAAGCGCGUGGUGUCACCUCCUGAACCUCCGAUGAAGCACGUGGUGUCACCUCCUGAACCUCCGAUGAAGCACGUGGUGUCACCUCCUGAACCUCCGAUGAAGUGCGUGGUGUCACCUCCAGAACGUGUUGAAUCAAGCGCUAGCACGACCCCCAACACAACAACACACUUCACAUCCUCUACCUCGGACUCCACAGCUUUUGCAGUUCACUUUGUAGACAUCAGUGGCAGCAACACUGCCCCUGCUCGACGUCCUCCCAAGCUUAGCUCGCAGCAACGCAGCAAGGCCUUGGAGCAAAAACAAAGUAAAGACAACAGCAAGAUGGCUUCUAUCAAGUCGUAUACUCAAUCCCUGGAGGGCAGAGAAAAUUCUGGUAGAUUCCAGGAGAGGAGUAUUGUUGAGAGCUUCAGACCAGAGAGAAGCAUUCAGAGAAAUGCCACCUUCAGAGUCUCGGAUGACCCCGACCAAGAGGGUGGAGAGGGAACCGGGUGCUUCUUUGACGGUACAUUGAAGUCUCCCUCACGGGCUGCAGCACAUGAGGAGAACACAAUUUCCAACUCAGGGAAAGAUGCUGUUGGUGGAGAUGAGAAUACAAGGGUCAAGGGUCAACUGAUCGAGGUGGACCUAUCAGAGCUUAAGGAUCCACUGGUGGAUGGCAGUGCAGACGUUACAGACUGCACGGCAGAAGGCGAGCAGAAGAAUGUGAUAGGUUUCUUCUUCAAGGAUGACGAGAAACCAGAAGAUGAAAUGGCGAAACGUCGUGCUGCCUUCCUCCUCAAGCUGCAACGCAAAGCUGAAGAGGCGAGACUACGCAAACAGCAUCACGAAGUCGAGAGUGAGCUCAAACGUGAUGAGACCAGGCGCAAGGCAGAAGAGGACCGUGUUCGCAAGGAGGAGGAGAAGGCGAGACGAGAGAUAAUUAAGCAGGAAUACCUGCGGAGGAAGCAGGAAUCGUUGCUGGAGGAGCAAGGUCUCGUCAAGCCUCGCCCACGCACUAAAUCCCGCAGGAGCAGACCUAAAUCCCUGCACCGUGCAGAGUCCAACAGCCUCUCCAAAGGAUCCACCACACGUGAUUCUCUGAAGAAGUCCAUGUUGAUCAAAGCCCAGGGCUCAGCAGCAGGCUGCAGGGAAGCUGAUCUGAGCUGCAGUCAUCGAGGAUCGACGCUCUCUUUGGCGACCGAGGCAGACAGCGUCAUCUCUGGAGGGGCGGAGUCUCAGAGGGCUGGAUCUGUGUGCUCCAUGGAGUCGUUCCCUAUGCUGAGCAGGGCGUCGAGCAGGAACAUGGAGAGGGACUGGGAGAACGGCUCGAUAGCCUCUUCCAUCACUUCAACCGAGUACAACGGUCCUAAACUCUUCAAGGAGCCGAGCUCCAAAUCCAACAAGCCAAUCAUCAUCAAUGCCAUUGCUCACUGCUGUCUGGCUGGAAAAGUGAAUGAGACCCAGAAGAAUGUUAUUCUGGAGGAGCUGGAAAAGUGCGAGUCCAAUCACCUGAUCGUCCUCUUCCGCGACGGUGGGUGCCAGUACCGUGGCAUUUACUCCUUCUUACCGGACACAGAGGAGAUCAUCAAGUUCACAGGCACGGGGCCGCGCUCUAUCGGCCGGAAGAUGAUCGACAAGCUCUACAAAUACAGCUCGGACCGCAAGCAGUUCAACGUCAUCCCCGCCAAGUCGGUGUCGGUCAGCGUGGACGCCCUGACCAUCCACAAUCAACUCUGGCACGUCAAGAGACCAGGGAGUGCACGGAGGAAGUGAGAACGAGGACACUUGGUGUAGUUUCUGUUCUAUCUACUCCUGUUGGGCAGGACCCAAUAAUCUGUGAGAAGGUGGAUAUGUGAUCGUGACUGACGUGUCUGACAAAGGGGUUAGAUGUUCUGAAGAAUGAAGAUGUCAGUCUGAAUGUUUAUUUUCUUUUAUCUCUUUAGGUUUUUACUCUGCAUGUCACACUUUUAAUUUGUGGGUACGUCCUAAAUGAAUUAGGCAAUAUUGAUGACGGACUGAUUCUAAUGUAGCAGUGAAGAGGAGAUGGACCCUCAAGUCGAAUACCACUGAAUCUACUUAACAGUAGCAAACAUACUACUGAUACCAAAUGCAACCACAGGCAGUGGUGAACAUUCACUUGAUAAUGCUAUUUCAGCUCGGCAAAAAAAUACCCUACUGCUGUGAUUAAUCCAGGCUGCGCACACAGAGCCCCUAUUAUUCACCAGUAACUCCUACUGGUCAGUGCUUUUUGAAGAUGGAACUAACUUUUUUUAAUGUAAGGAUGGAAUGGAUGUUAGUGAGUGGUAAUGUCCAGUCUCGUUUUCUAUUACGUGUGUUUGUGGGAAGUGCGCGAGUCUUUGUGUUAAGGAAGGGGAGAGCUGAACGCACCGCUCGUGCAUCCUGCUCUGGAUGUGUUCUCUCAACUCUCUCGAUUAUGCUUUAAAAACGGCAACAGAACUAUGGAGCCAAGCAACACUGUUUUUUUGUUUUGUUUGGGAGCUUUGUGCUGCUGAGACAGAAGAGAAAUAAAGUUUUACAGAAGGGGGAAUUGUACUAGUAUUUCAAACAGGAAGCGCUUUUCAGACUCAGUGCAUUAUACCUUUCUGUAGUGCAUUAUAUUGUAUUAACUUAAUUCUUAUAUUCCACCACUGAGAUCCCUGACUGGCUCAUGUUGCUGAACCAAAAUGAACCGAGCUGCGCCACCGAGCUGUUUGCUGCUCAUUACCGUCUCACUAGAUUCUAGUGAGACGUACGAUUUUAAUGUAGCUGCUGGCGCUCAACACUAGUCAUUUCCCCGUAGUGGCCGACUGUCAGCAGCUGGUGUGAUGUGGGGAGAACUGCACAAUACUUGAUAUUCGUUUGCUGCAUUUUGUACAUUUUUGAGUAGUAUUUUUUGUACGUCACGUACAAGUUAUGUUUACUAAAAAGCAGGCACUAUUUUGAGGUUUAUUCUGUUACAGGCUUUCAGAGAUGUUAUGAGUCUUAUUUCAUUGUGUUAUAUUUUAUGUUUAUUUAUUUUGAAGAGAUAUAAUAAAAUACAACUCGGUAUGUUUUCUGAUGAA